GCUCCCCCUCUAAAAUAUCUCUCUCCCCGACUCUCUCGCUCUAAAAAGGCUCUCUCUCUCACUUGCAACCCUAAUACGAUCAUCACCACAACCUCAACCUCAACCUCAACCUCAUUCGCCUAAACUACACACAACUUCGGCACCGAUUAUUCUCCGAAACGUCAUUUGUUUUCUAUCCAAACGACAGCUACAUUUAUGUUUGAUGUCUCAUCAAUGCAUAGUUUCAUGAUUUGAAAGUAUCGAAAAGUUUGUGUGGAACUGGUGGGAGGAGAACUGAAUUUUUUGUUGGUUUUAUGCAAUCGUAAGGAUGGCACGGCGUUCCGAGACCGUGAGGGGUACUCCACCUGGAAUUUUGCUCAUAAAAAGCAUAAGAGGCAAAGAGUGGCGACAAGGAACGUACAGAUAUGUGGUUCUCUUAAUCACAUUUAUAGCAUAUGCUUGUUACCAUGCUUCUCGAAAACCCAGUAGUAUAGUCAAGAGUGUAAUGGACCCAGAUCCUAAAAUGAUCAUUGGGAAGGAUCCCUGGCCAGUGGGUGAGAUAUUUGUAAAGGAGAAAUGGUUGGAUAGUGGCAUUAACAGAACAAGAAAAGAGGGAUGGGCUCCCUUUAAUGGAACAGAUGGGACCUCGAAAUUGGGUGAGAUUGAUGUUGCAUUUCUUGCAUGUUACUCGUUGGGAAUGUAUGUUGCAGGGCAUCUGGGUGAUACACUGGACCUUCGGCUGUUUUUGACAUCUGGAAUGAUUGGAAGUGGCUCCUUUGUUGUGCUUUUCGGAAUGGGUUAUUUUUGGGCCAUUCAUGUGUUCUGGUUUUAUCUUCUUAUGCAAAUGAUCGCGGGUUUGUUUCAAGCAACUGGCUGGCCCUCUGUUGUUGCUGUUAUCGGUAAUUGGUUUGGCAAGAGAAAGAGGGGUUUGAUAAUGGGUGUAUGGAAUGCUCAUACAUCAGUAGGGAAUAUUUCAGGGUCUCUUCUUGCUGCUAGUGUUCUGGAGUAUGGAUGGGGCUGGUCUUUCAUACUUCCUGGUUUCCUAAUCAUUUUGGGAGGGAUAAUGGUUUUCUUGUUUUUGCCUGCUUAUCCUGAAGAUAUCGGGUUUCCCUGUCCCCAUAGUUCAACUUCAAGUGUAUAUACAGAUUCUACUGAUGAAGAAGCUCAGGUAGAAAGAGGAAAUUCAGAGCAGAGAGUGACAAAUGUCCCUCGAAAUGGUUCAGUAAGUAGGAGAAGUGUUGGGCUUGUUCAAGCUUGUUUAAUACCAGGAGUGAUACCUUUUGCAUUGUGCCUUUUCUUUGCAAAGCUUGUGGCAUACACAUUUCUGUAUUGGUUACCGUUUUAUAUAAGUCAAACAGCAAUUGGUGGGGAAUACAUGUCUGUGAAAUCUGCUGGAAAUCUUUCUACUUUGUUUGAUGUCGGGGGCAUUGUUGGUGGAAUCUUUGCGGGCUAUAUAUCUGAUAAACUUAAUGCUCGGGCUAUUAUAGCAGCCAGCUUUAUGUAUGCUGCAAUCCCUUCAAUGCUCCUAUACCGCUUAUAUGGGAGCAUUUCUCAGACCUUGAACAUUGUACUGAUGAUGACUGCUGGCUUGUUUGUAAAUGGGCCCUAUGCACUUAUCACAACUGCAGUUUCUGCGGAUCUUGGUACACACAAAUCUCUUAGAGGGGAUUCUCGAGCACUGGCAACAGUUACUGCCAUUAUUGAUGGAACUGGAUCAGUUGGUGCAGCUCUUGGUCCUCUUCUUACUGGUUUUCUUUCAACAAAGGGAUGGAAUGCGGUAUUCACAAUGCUAAUUGCUUGCGCUCUUAUUGCGGGAUUACUUUUAUCACGUCUUGUCUUUGAUGAAAUUACUGAGAAAAUGUGCAAGCCAAGGCCUCUAUCUAGUGAGGAGCAAAGUUUUGCAGCUCCAGCAUCUCAACCCCUUCUGAGGGACCAAAGACGAUAAUAAAACAGGUAUGGCCUCACAAGUUUCAUAGACUUAAAAACAAAUCAAUAACCAAAACCAAAGUUUGAAAUAAGAAAAAUGAAUAUUUUGCAUCUAUAUCCGAAAUUUUGUUGGCUUUCUUAGUGGUCACUUUGUUUUUGCUGCCUGUAACAUAUACCUUACUGAUAAAGCAGUUGGAUAUUUACUCUGUGUAACAUACAUACAUUUACUGAUAGGCAAUAUGGAGUUGUGUCUCCCCCUUUGAUUGUACUCUGAGCAAUUUUGUUGGAACUGUAUAUGAAAUUCAAUUUUGCUUCAGCAA